CGAGGAGUCCCCAAGCCACGCCACUCCACGCCAAUUUCCAUGUGAGAGCCGAGGACCCAAGCGAGAGCGGAGGACCGACAUCCGGAUCUGCAUCCUGCCGCUCAACUCGACCGCUGGAGGAAGAGAAUCGAUGGUGCACGGAACACUGGAGGUGCUGCUCGUCGGCGCCAAGGGCCUCGAGAACACCGAUUUCCUGUGCAAUAUGGACCCGUACGCACUUCUCAAAUGCCGCUCGCAGGAGCAGAGGAGCAGUAUCGCGUCAGGCAAAGGUAGUAACCCUGAAUGGAACGAAAGCUUUGUCUUCACCGUGUCAGACCAAGCUACGGAGCUGGUGAUUAAGCUUAUGGACAGCGACUCGGGCACAUCGGACGACUUCGUUGGUGAAGCAACGAUUCCUUUGGAAGCAGUUUAUACGGAAGGGAGCAUUCCACCAACAGUUUAUAAUGUUGUGAAAGGUGAACACUACUGCGGAGAAAUCAAAGUUGGUCUCACAUUCACUCCCGAGGAUGGUCGCCAGCGCGGUCUCCCCGAAGACUUUGGUGGCUGGAAACAAUCGCAUUGAGGAGACUCGGAAGAACAAGGAUGCUCGUCAAGCCUUGAGGCCUUGAAUCACCAUCUCAUGCAAAUACAAUACGAAACUCUGUCACUUUGGAUUUUUAUCUGUUCCUUUUGAAGCUGAAAGUCAGUUUGGCUUCAUCAAUCAUGUUAGAAGUACUGGUACUACUCGUGAAUUUAAAGUUUAAACUGUAGAUAUCUGCAAUUCCUGCAUUUAGUGUCUUCUUAGUACUGGAAAUAAUAGUGUACUGUUUAUUUAUUUAUUUUUGAAAGGGGGAUUCCCCGGCCUCUGCA